CGCAUAUAAUCUUGUGUCUUACUUGGCCUUCAGACUUCAGCUCUCUGAUAAGGCUUUCAAGUGCAAGAAGGCAAGAAAGAAAAAUAGACACUUUGAAUCCUCUAGCUGAGCCUCUGCUCUUGGUCUUCGUGGGUUGUUCUUUUGUUGGUAGAACCACCAUUAAAGAAGCUUCUUUCUUUGUUUUGUCUUUUUCCGUGGGAAUUCUCAUCAGUUUUCGUCAGUAAAAGAACAAGCUUGAUUGAUGAGCGAAAGGAGGAGUAAUAUCAUGAAUUUGAGGGUUGGGUUUUGCUUUGCUGCGAAGUUUCUCUGGAGCUACUGUUUUCUCUUUACUUUUCUCAUCUACGGAAGGGCUGCACGGGAAGAUUCACUGAGGUCCCGACUUUCUGUUUGAAUUUUCGACAAAUUUUUGGAAAAAUUCCUGUGAGGUCUUCGGAAGUGGACACACACACACAUAUUAUAUAUAUUGGGCAGAACAGAACAUAACAUCAUUUGUUUAAGAAUUUAGUUGUGGCUUCUCUCAAUUACGGCCUUAAAGUGUGAGUCUGAUAAUCACGCAUAGAUAUCAGAGGAAAAAAGGAAGCUUUCGAUCAAAAUUCUGCUUUCUGCCAACGGAGCAUAACAUAAUUCCAUUCUGAAUGGGGACUGAUGUUGCUGAAGCUCUGGAGAGAGCAACAAAUGUUCGGUCCUUUAAGGUUCAUCGUCUUAUAUGCACAGAACUUAUGAAAUUAGUUGAUAGAAUUUCAAGGAUUUUUCCAAAAAUAGAAGCGGCAAGACCUCGAUGCUCUACUGGGAUUCAGGCUCUAUGCAUGUUAAACAAGGCAAUUGAGAAAGCCAAUCUACUUCUGCAAUAUUGCAGCGAGUCUAGUAAAUUCUACCUGGCAGUAACCGGGGAUGUGAUACUUUCAAGAUGUAAAAAAGCAAGGACCUUGUUGGAGCAAAGUUUAUGCGAAAUUCAUGAUAUGGUUCCAGUUAUGUUAGCUGUCGAGAUUUCUCAAAUAGUUGAUGAUCUUACGUCAGCAACAUUUGUCCUGGAUCCAUAUGAAGAAGAGGCUGGGAGGGUUAUACGACAAUUGCUCCAGAAAGGUAAUUCGGCAUCAGAUUCUGUGGAAAAUUCUGAUGUUAAAGCUCUUCAACUUGCAGCUUCAAGACUCCAAAUCACGUCACCCAAGUCUUUGCUAAUAGAGAAAAGAUCUAUUAGAAAGUUGCUGGAUAAAAUUGAUGAGAAUGAUUCUACAAAAAAGAAGAUAUUAACCUACUUUUUGUAUCUGUUUAAGAAGUAUGGAAACUUAAUUAUCCCAGAUCAGGUAGAAAGUUCCCCUGGUUGUUAUCAAGGCUCGUAUGGAUUUCAGAGUUCUAGACAUGGUUCUGCGAAUAACCAAUCUGGUGAAAUGGAACCACAUAAUAGAUACAAUCAGUAUGGUGCUCAAAGCAACAUGUUAAGGAAAGCUGUGCCCCCUGAGGAAUUUAGGUGUCCAAUAUCUUCCAGAUUGAUGUAUGAUCCUGUUGUCAUCGCGUCCGGACAAUCAUAUGAAAGGAUGUGGAUCCAGAGGUGGUUUGAUGAGGGUCAUGACACAUGUCCAAAAACCAAUAUGAAAUUGACACAUAUGUCAUUGACUCCAAAUAUUGGCAUGAAGGAGUUCAUAUCAAAGUGGUGUAAGCAGAAUGGGGUCAUGGUUUCGGACCCACAUAUGGAAACAGAAGCACUGCACUCAUGGGAUACUUCCACCACUUCCAUUGCCAGCUUUGGAAGUUCAAUGAAUGACCUGCAUCUGCCACUGGAUUUCAGCAAUAUAUCACUUGGAUCCGUAGAUGCUAGUUUCAGUUCAGAUUGCUCUCGCACUAAGGAACCCAGUGGAUUAAGUUUGGUACAGACCGAUAAUAGUUCCGAUAGGUUUCAAUCCAAUGUUGAUAUAGCUGAGACGGAUCUGGAAUUUCUAUCUAAACUUGGUGAGCUUACUUGGGAAUCUCGGUGUAAGGUUGUUGAGGAUGUCAAAAGCCAUUUGAACAGCGAUGAUAAUGGAUGUUAUUUUCUAUCUUCUGAGAAUUUCGUCGAACCACUUAUAACCUUUUUAAGGGAUGCGCGGGCCUCUAGUGAUAUUAAAUCUCAGAGAGAUGGAUUUCAGUUGCUGUUGACAUUUGUGACUAAAAACAGGAAUGGAAUACCCUAUCUACGCGAAGAUGCUUUUGAUCUUUUAGCUUCCUUUCUCGAUACUGAAGUAACUGGAGAAGUUUUAGCUGUCAUGGAAAUUUUGUCUGGCUACCCCUAUUGUCGGCCUAAGAUCGCAGCAUCUGGUUCUCUUCCAUACAUUCUAAGAGCCCUAGACUCUCAGAGCACAGGUUUCCGAGAACAAGCCAUAAAGAUCUUGUAUGACCUGUCUUCCAACCAUGACAUUUAUUCGCAGAUUGCAUCUUUGGAGUGCAUCCCAAAAUUGGUCCCUUUGAUUAGAGAUAAAGAGUUUGUUGGGAAGUGUUUGUUUGUUAUGAAAAACCUGUGUAAUGCUGAAGAGGCUAGGGCUUCAGUUGCCGAAACUAGCGGAUGCAUUGCUUCUAUUGCCGAAGUUCUCGAUAAUGGAAGUUCCGAGGAGCAAGAGUACGCAGUUGAUAUUCUCCUCUCUUUGUGUUCACAACGCAUUGAAUAUUGUGAGUUGGUCAUGGAUGAGGGCGUAGUCCCUCCUCUUGUCAGCAUAUCUGUCAACGGGAAUGACAGAGGCAAGGUGAGCGCAUUAGAACUGCUCCGACAAUUAAGAGAUAUUAGGCAUGAGCCCGAACGCACUGCAGUUGAUCUUGAUGCUGCUAGGGACUCAAGCAACCAUACUAAUGACAAGAAAUCAUCCAAGGGUUCUGGAUUUUUCAGAAGGAAAAUGUCAGCGUUCUCGAAAAACGGUGCUAAAAAGAGAUGAAACCUAUGUCCUGAGUUUGUUUCGGAUGAUGGGGUCUGAAAAUCCUCCUUGUGACCUUGGCAGCUUCAAUCUGAAACGGAUAGGAUUAUGUGGAAUUAUGUCUUAGCUGAAACCUUAUCGGUUCAUGAUUUACUAAGUUGGUAUAUAUUUUUUUUCAUCAUUAGGUUUGGCAAUUUUAUUGCUCUUUAAUUAUGCAUGAAUACAAAAGGGAAAACAUGUAUCGUUUAGUAGUGUUUGAUGUCUCUUUGUAUAUAGUAUUGGCAUUUUAAUCAGUUAUGCAGUUGGCUGACUCAGUGGACUUGUCACAUGAUUUUGUAAAGUUAAGUAUCUGCUUUCAUAUUUGUUUUUCCCGACUUUCUCUGGUAGUUCCUGAAAAAAUGGAUUACCAAAGUCUUUUAUUUUU